AGGCGUGCGCGUGGGACCCGCGGCUAGAGGUUGGGGCGCCUGGGUGCGCGACAGUCGGCGGGGGGAUCAUGGCGUCGCUCAACUGUAGCACCAUCGUCUGCGUAAUCUGCUUGGAGAAGCCCAAAUACCGCUGCCCCGCCUGCCGCGUGCCCUACUGCUCCGUGACCUGCUUCCGGAAGCACAAAGAGCAGUGCAACCCUGAAACUCGUCCUGUUGAGAGAAAAAUAAGAUCAGCUCUUACUGCAAAAACUUUAAAGCCUGUGGAAAACAAAGAUGAUGACGACGACUCCGUAGCUGACUUUCUCAAUAGUGAUGAGGAAGAAGACAGAGUUUCUUUGCAGAAUUUAAAGAAUUUAGGAGAGUCUGCAGCACUAAGAAGCUUACUGCUCAACCCGCACCUUAGACAGUUGAUGGUCAGCCUCGAUCAGGGAGACAACAAGGCAAAGCUCAUGAGAGCCUGCAUGCAGGAGCCCCUGUUUGUGGAGUUUGCUGACUGCUGUUUAAGGAUUGUGGAACCGUCCCAGAACGAGGAUUCUUAAGAUGAUGAUUAUGCUGUCUGCUUAAGGAUGUGCUUGACUCUUGGAACCUGUCUGCUCCUUCUCCCAGGAGACCAGCAAGUGUGGGGCCCUAAGCAAGGGUGGUGAGUUCCAGACCAGCUGACAUAGGGUAGGUCAUGCAGCUCUUCACCUCCAUCGCUGUGGGCUUGGGUUUCAGGCAGAUGGGGGUACUCUCAAGGUGGCAAACUGUUUAUAGAGAGAAAACUCGAGAAAACUUAAGAUGGUUGUUUUUAAAUGUUUUAUUUUUGGUACAGUUAAGAUAGACAUCAUAAAUGAUAUCAUUUUUCAAGUUUCAAACCCAUUUGAGUUAAAACUUGCUCAGUGUUAUUAAAUAAAAUCAAGAUGUAGUUUUAUGGUA